GAUUCUUCGAGGCUUGGACAGCUUGAUUUUGAUGAUUGACCUAUAUUAAAUCAAAAUUAUAUGGUGCAAUCUCCUCUGGUUCUUUCACUUCUCUUUUCUCGACUUGAGAACUAAACUUACACACCAUGAUUUUCCUAUUAGCUCAUUUUAGAAAGAAGGAACACGAAUAUUAUUUUGUAAAUUCUCUCCGGAAUCUCUCUCCUGCUACUGUACUGAAGUCUGAGAGAAGCUAAAUUCUCACCUGGGCAAGUCGAGCUGAGCAGCCAUGCCGACGAGUAACAAGGAUUUCGAUUAGGACCCAUGACUUCGCCAUCUCUUUCCACGAGGUGGGAAGCAAUUAAUUAAUUAAAUUAUUUAAUUAAUCAAUGUGAUAAGAUUUUCUUUCUUGCUUCCGUAAUACUUUCUGCUAUAUAAAAUGGAUCUUUGCUCAACUCAGUUUGAUUUCUCUCUCUCUCUCUCUCUCUCUCUCUCUCUGCUGGUUCGUCUUUAUCGACUAACGAUAGCCUUCGUCUUCGAUUAUCCAAAGUGUAGAUCAGACAACGCCAAACCUCCCUCCCCUUUCCUACACGAGACGCCACAAUCUCUACAACGACUUUCACGUCACUCCUUCACACCAUUCUCCUUCUCAGCUCGGAUACUGUAAAUUCCAUGGACAUGAAUCUGGUGAAAAUGGGUUUGGACUAUACCCGUCGAAGGAAGAAAUGGAUUCUCCUUCUGGCGGCUUUCGGGUUCACUGGUUAUGGGGCUUAUAGGGUUUAUCACACACCAGCUGUGGCUCAGAAGAGGCAGAGAUUGUUCAAGCUCUUGGGAGCCCUAAUCUCGGUUGCGGAUGCUGUUUCUGAUUCGGCUGAGACAGUGGGAUUCAUCUCGAAAGAUUUGAAACAGUUCCUGAAAUCGGAUUCGGAUGAAAUUCCCAAAAGUUUCAAGCAAAUUUCCAAAAUUACGAGGUCAGAGGAGUUUUCAGAAUCCGUAGUGAGGGUUACGCGAGCUUUAACGGGGGGAAUUUUGGGAGGUUAUCAAUUAGGGGCAGCGAAUUCCAUUGAUGGAAGGACUGAUAAUUCAGGUUUCACAGACAAGGUUUUUAAUAAGUUCUUUACUACUGCUGGAUCUGGUUUUGCAUCUGUUGUUGUGGGCAGCUUUGCAAGAAACUUGGUUAUGGCUUUUUAUGCAGAUGGAGCAAUGGGUAUUGAUUUGGAAUCAACAUCUGUUCAGAGAUGGCUGACUCUGUUGUGCAGUGAUAAGUGCAGGGCACUCAUUGGUGAUUGUGUGCAAAUGUUUGUGAGCACAGCCGUUACUGUUUACCUCAACAAGACUAUGGAUAUCAACACCUAUGAUGAAAUCUUCAAAGGACUCACUAACCCAAACCAUGAAGAGAGAGUGAAAGACAUGCUGGUGUCCGUGUGUAGUGGCACUGUAGAAACUCUCGUUAAGACCUCGCACGAGGUGUUGACGAGUCCCAGUUCGAACAGCGAUGCAGGUUUAACUUACUCAUAUUCAGCCAUUGAUCACAGUCCGGAUUUGAAAAAGGUCGAAGAGGAGCUUUGUGAAAAAGAAACAUUCUCAAAUGAAUUGAAAGCAGAAGAAAAAUUUGAUGAGUAUACAGACAGUGGGUGGAUUGGCAAAAUGAUGUCUAAUUUGGCAGUGCCAAGCUAUAGGAGAUUUGUUCUCGACUUGACCGGGAGAGUUACAUUCGAAACAGUUCGAUCCUUCUUGGAGUUUUUCCUGGAGAAAAGUCUUGAUGGCUUGAAAAGAAGUGUUAGUGCUGUUCAUGGAGCGGUUGUCGACAGGAGCGUUGGAGCUGUGAGAUAUGUUACUGCUAAGUUCUCUGUAAUUGUGUCUCUGUUUCUCUCCUUGUGUUUGCACCUAUUGGGCGGCGACGAGUUUUUGGUGCCUGCUUAAGUCAUUGUGCUCAUUCUCAUGAAGUAUGUGCAUGUUAUGGAAAUCCAUAGUCAUUCUUUAUGCAAUUGCUUCUUGUGUAGUUGAAUCAUGUAUUCAACACCUUUGUAAAUAUUGAUUCAAAUUUCUAUGUAUAAGCAAUUUCAAGCUGGUUUGAUGAUUGAAUUCAUGUUACAAGAAAUUUAUAA